GAGGGCUGAAGGCAUGGUUAAAGCGGCAGAGUGCCUGCCUAACAAGCUUGAGGCUCUGAGUUCAAACCCCAGUAUGGCAAAAGAAAUGUGUUUGUGAGCCUGCCGCCUUGGCACCAAGCUGUCAAGGGUCACUUGCUGCUCUAAUGUGCUUCUAGUCAACUACUGUAGGAACACCUAUAGAUGGUUAAAGUUGUGGAUAAAAUAAGGGUGAGCAGUGCCUGAUUGAGGACUGAAGACGAUCUAGAAAGUGUAUUAGUUUAGCUGCUGAGUCCUUUCUGCUUCAAGAUCCUGUUCUGUAGUUGCCCCCUAGAUAAAUAAAUGUCACUAUACAUUAUUCCCAAGUUUCCUACUUGCCUCUUCCAUUUGGAGAUAUCCACUGAUGGCAAAAUGUAUUGUUCCCAAUAAUAGACUGUUGAAAUCUUUAAGAAAAACAAUCUUUGACCCUGGAAACAUCUAGGUGGUGAUCCUGGUGACCCCUUCAUGAUUGGUUUGGGGACAGGCCACUCACCUACCACUCUUGAGCCUUGUAGUAAUGAAGAGGAAAGUAGAUAAUGCAGGAAAAGUGCCUAGCAAACUACCUGGGUGCCUAGCAAACUACUACAGGGUGAAGCAGGGGAGAGGGGAUCAGAAUGUAUGUCUGGGUGCAUAGGGUAUCUGGAAGGACAAGAGUGGGGACCAGAAGGGAAUAGGGCAGAAAAGGGACAGUAGCAAAGCUCCCUGCCUUGGCUUUGCACAGAGUUAAACAUGUCUGUCGUGGGUCAGCUUUGUCUGUCUCUUAAGGUCUCCUGCUGCUGGGUGGGCCUAAUGGGGAAGAAGAGGUGGUGAAGGAGUCCUCACAAUGGUUUCCACCUACCUGAACUUGGCAAAAUGAAGUUGCUCAAACAAAGCAGCUUUCCUGCCACAGAGGCCCCACUGCCUGGGGGCCCGGCUGAAAAAUGGUACUUUUGUGACUCUUAGCCCAGAAGAGGCUGGGUGGAGGGGACAGUGAUUGGGUGGCCAUCUCUUUGUCUCUGCAUCUCUUGGCCUAUUUCUGUCUUUGAGAUGAGCUUUUAAGUCUUUCUGCCCCCAUCCCUCUUUUUAGCCACUGAGUACAGCUCUGGGAUAGGGGCUAAAAAUUGAGAUAAAUGACAUAGUCCUGGAUUUUGGAGUAAGAGACCUCUGGCUCCCCUGAGUCCCUGCCUCCUGCCACCUUCAGCUCCCCAACCUACAGAAACCCCAUUCCCUUCCACACCACCUUUUUCAACCCGUCUCUUCCGCCCCUCUGACUUUGUCCUGUCAUGCCUUAACCACGAUCCACAGUAUGCUCCCAGUGGGAAGUGACACAAAGAAAAGGGAGGGGGGCAGAAGGAGGGAAUCCCACUGACAUCACUGCUCAUUAGCAUGUGUGACCUCAUCAGGGGGUGGGACAAUUUCCCCAGGUGUCUUGGGGGGGAGAGGGUUUGUGGGGAGGGUGGUAUUUAAAGGGGAAAGCUGACAGUGCUGUUGAGUGAGGGAGCCGGUGCUGCGAGCUGCUGGGCUGCACUCACACACGCACACUGAUGCACACGGACCUCGACACCGACAUGGACACGGACACUGAAACCACAGCACUUUGUUCCUCCGGCAGCCGCCAGGCCUCCCCACCAGGGACACCCAUACCAGAAGCAGAUGCUACACUUCUGAAGAAGCCAGAGAAACUGUUGGCAGGGCUGGGCCAGAGAGGGCCACCCCCUGCCCCAGGGGUUCCCAAACGAAGAGGCAGUAUGCCUGUGCCCUAUAAGCACCAGCUGCGGCGGGCACAAGCUGUAGAUGAACUUGACUGGCCACCUCAGGCCUCAUCCUCUGACUCUUCUGACUCCUUGGGCUCAGGGGAGGCAGCCCCUGCCCAAAAGGAUGGCAUCUUCAAGGUCAUGCUGGUGGGAGAAAGUGGAGUGGGCAAGAGUACCCUCGCAGGCACCUUCGGCGGUCUCCAAGGAGACAGUGCUCAUGAGCCAGAGAACUCAGAGGACACCUAUGAGAGACGUAUCAUGGUGGAUAAAGAGGAAGUGACUUUAGUUGUUUAUGACAUCUGGGAACAGGGAGACGCUGGGGGGUGGCUGCGGGACCACUGCCUUCAGACGGGGGACGCGUUUCUCAUCGUCUUCUCAGUCACCGAUCGACGAAGCUUCUCCAAAGUUCCAGAGACCUUACUUCGGCUCCGGGCUGGGAGGCCCCAUCACGACCUACCUGUCAUCCUCGUUGGAAACAAGAGUGACCUGGCCCGCUCCCGGGAGGUAUCACUGGAGGAGGGCCGCCACCUGGCCGGGACGCUGAGCUGCAAGCACAUCGAGACGUCGGCCGCGCUGCACCACAACACGCGGGAGCUCUUCGAGGGCGCCGUGCGCCAGAUCCGGCUGCGGCGGGGCCGGGGCCGUGCCGGGGGCCAGCGGCCCGAGCCGGGCAGCCCCGAGGGCCCCGCGCCGCCCGCGCGCCGCGAGAGCCUCACCAAGAAGGCCAAGCGCUUCCUCGCCAACUUGGUGCCGCGCAACGCCAAGUUCUUCAAGCAGCGCUCCAGGUCGUGUCACGACCUCUCUGUGCUCUGAGCCGCGGUCGCCAUGGCCACUGCAGUCGCCAUGGCCACCGCACCCUCCGCUCGUCCCCCUCGCCCCGCCCCCGUCCGGCUUCCUUUGUGGAGGCCGUCUAGGAAACCAAAAACUCCCAGGAUGCCCUGGUGUGAUCGGGAGGAGGGGCCGGUGGGCGUCACCUCCACCCCAGCCACCGCGGGUCCUCUGGACAGCUCGCGGCCAGGGGGCGUCUGGAAGGCGCGGACGCGACCUCGGGCGGAUGCGCGCUGCGGUUAGGGGCGGGGCGGGGCAGGAAGGAAAACAGGUCUGCAAGGUAUUUUGUUUUUUAGUUAGCUCGCGCUUGGCCACUUCUCCCGUAAAGAGACUCUAAAAACUAGAACUGGAAAAGUGCUUUGUAGACUCCUGGACGGAGUUGACAUCCUUUGUACUCUGAACAUGCCUCACCUUCAAGUGGGUCUUAAAGGUAAAAACACGGAGACCCAGAGACUUUCGAAACUA